AAGAGAAAGGGAGAAAGAAAUAAAUAAAUGUUGCUCGAUAUUCUCGAUAAUUAAAUAUAGAAAGAGAAAAUGCGCUGCGAAGCGAAUAGAAAAAUCUACGUGGAGUUCGGAGAAGUAGAAACGGGCGCCACAGCUGUCAAGUGGCUAGAGAUAGUCAACGAAAGUUGCAUUGAACAGAUUUACGAGGCCCGAAGAGACGCGACUACCAAUCCGCUGGACCACGUGUUCGAAUUAUGUGGCUACUCGUGGUCUCUGCUUCCCGGCCAGACAUACAAGUGCAAAAUAUACUAUCGACCGUUCGUGCCGUUCGCCGUAAACGUAGAUUACUUUAUGAUCGUGGACUCAGCUGGUGAACGCGCGGAGAUCCAAGUCCGUGGAACGUGCAUCGGUACGGAAUCUCUUUCAAUUAGCAGUCGUCGUUCAAGAAAAGGAUCUUUCAUUAAAGCCCGUUUGCCGAACUCCGCAAGCCCUCGACGAUGUAUUCUCGUUGGAGUAAAAAUGAUUGACCGUGCAGGACCCCUGAUCUCCUCGUCCGCCACGAGAUUAAUCAUGAUGUGCACGAGCGAGAAUCGCGAGGCGAAGAAACGGAUCAGACUCGUCAACGAUUCGAAAGCUACGGCGACUUUCAUGUUUGACGUCGAUCCGCUUCGGCGACCAUUCGAAGCAAAUCCACAGCACGGAUAUAUCGAGCCCCAUUCUCGCAAGUGCGUGACGAUUACCUUCGCGCCGCGGGAAGAUGGGAUCUACGCAUGCCACUUUCCGUGCUUAAUCCUGAAUCAUAAACCAAUUAUCAUAGAGUUAUACGGCUAUUGCUGCAAGGCGUUACGUAAAACGACCACACAGAGUCAAUUUAAUUAUCCUUCGAGAUUGAAGAAUGGCUUUGAAGGAUAUACCAGCGAUACUGUCGUCGCUACGCAAGAUCUACCUACGGUCUCUUCGUCGAAGAAUUGCAUUGACUUUGGUCAGGCCGAAGUGGAGGAGGAGGAAAACGCUGCGCGAAAAAUUCCGGAAACUCUGUGUCUCACUAAUCACAGCCAGUCCGACGUAUUAAUUAAAUGGGACCAAGAUGUUGAAGGAAUUUUUUCUAUAACACCUGCCGUCGCGAAGAUACCGGCAAGCCAGACGGCUUUAUUCGAAGUCGCGUUUAGUCCCAACCGAGGUAGCAGUUUUUUUACAAGGGACCUCGUCGGAGAUGUUUUUGUCGAGCAACAAAAAGACCGCUCUAGAAAAGAAACCCUGGAAUUUCCUACAAUCAUGUCCGUACGGCUAAUCGGUCACUCCUUCCCCGUUUGCUCCGACGGUUGGAUUCCUCAGUACGAGAUACCUCAUGUAGUUAAAAUGCCUCCUUGCAUACCCUCGUCGCCGACGUACGCCACAUUUUUAAUAAGAAAAUACGGACAUCUCCCAUUAAUGUACCAUUUUGUACCACCGGUAUCGAGCCACUUCGUCGUGAAGCCAAUGAUGGGAAUAAUUCAUCAAGAUUAUCAGAUCAUUGUAGUCGGUAUGUUACCCGGUACUGACGACGAACGCGUUUAUAUGGAACGUUGGGCGAUACGAUUCAAUGGAAAUUCCAAGUCGGAAUGUUUCAUAGAUUUUCAGGGAUACACAGAAUACGCGAAUGUCAAUUUUAGCGAUCGGAAUAUCGUGUGCUUCGCGCCGACAUUUCCAGGCUGUCAAAGUCAACAACAGUUCUGUAUGCGAAAUAUCACUCGACACACAAUACAAUAUGAAUUUAUUAACGUGGUGCCGGAACUUCAGAUGCGAAAUGGAAAUGGCAAAAUUUGCUCGAAUGGUACUGUUAUUCAUGAGUGGUUAUUCUGCCCUGCAAUACUUGGAGACUACGAAUUUAACAUAAAUUGUGUAUUGGUCGUACUGAGAGACGGAACUCCCGUCGGGCCUAGCGUCUGUGUAACAUUGCAUGUAACAGGAAGAUGCGAAUUUGGCUUUCUUGUGGUAAAUUUAAAAAAUAAUUUCAAUGCUGGAUCCUGUUAUGUUCUCCAGUCAGCGCCGGAUGAAUUAAAUUUCGGAAUUCAAGCGUACAAAGAUACAAGAGAAUUAAGUUUCCACGUAUUUAACUCGAGCCCCGUAAAUAUCUAUUAUAAAAUGAUGUGUAGUCAUUGCGACUGGCCAAUCGGAAAUAUAGAGCAUGAUGUAAAAAUACAUCCGAUCGCAGAUACCGUUUUUGCCGGAAAAGAUAAAAUCAUUACUGUUUCUAUCACGCCUACUGCGACGGGAUGUUACGAAUUUUUCGUUCAAUAUUUUGUGAGAAUGAGUUCUGAUACAGACACAUUGAUUCCAAGUCAGAAACCGAGGAAUAUCUGUAAAGUGUGCUGUUUAUGUAUAUUGCCUACUUUGAAGGUAAAACGCAAAUAUUUUCCUUUGGAAACUGAUGAAAAUGAAUACUCGCAAGUGUGUGCAUACAUUUCUAGGCUUAAUAUGUUACUUAGAGAUUUGCAACCGGAAAUGUCACAAACACUGCACAUAAACUUCCCGGUAAUGGUUUUACAAAAGAGUCCGGUUACCGUAAAAUUGCUUCUAACAAACGCAGCUGCAGUGAUUGCUUCAUGGAAUAUUAAAAGAGUGCAGCUCUGUUCUUGUCGGCCGAUUGCAAAAACCCAAGGCUUCAAAUUUCAACGUGCAAAGUACGAUUGCUUGCAUAGGAAAGUGUGUUCUGUACAGCCAAAAACGGGAAAUCUGAAACCAGGAGAAGAAGCCUGGAUAACUCUAGAGCUGCGUUACAUAUUAUUAGGAAAAACCGAGGCAAAGUGGGACUUGGACCUUGGAGAUAAUCGUCAUAUUUUUUUCAUUAUAAUGAUUGAAUGUUUAUCUGAUUCUGAUAAUAAGCUCCACCUUUUACACGGCACGCAUUUUAAGUUCCAGCCUGUUUUCUUUGGAGAGAAGGAUCCUAUCUAUCAGGUUGUUUUUAGUUGCAUUUAAAGAUAGAUAACGUCCAUGAAAAUUUUUCAGGUAGAAAUUUUUCAGGUGUGUUGGGUGCAUAAUGGUACGAAUAAUAGCAUUCCGUUUUCCAUAAGCCUGAAAGCAAUGCGCGAAAUAAAUCAGGAAUAUUGCUAUAAGGUUUUUUCCUGCGCGAUUCCACACGUAAUCGCGAAUCCACACACUUCUGUCCCGAUUCUUUUAAAAUUUCAGCCAAGGCAAUUCGGCAUAUUUAAAGGGAAGUUGCGUUUGACUCUGGGUGACGAAGAGGAAGAACUGACAGUCGUAGGUGAAUCCUCCUUGCCACAUAAACCAACAAUUAGAGAAUAUGUGCCAUGCGAACGUAACUUCGAGGAUGAUGAAAAUAUUCCUGUAUACUUUAGUACUGACUGCAUAAAUAUUUCGCACAUCGCUACACACAGCCAUGUAGUUAAAAUGGUUAUGAUGCACAAUAAUUUGGUGCAAGAUGUACUCGCCUACGAAUGGAAAAGACGUGAGAUAUCUGAAAUAAUUCACGUGGAGAUUUUUCCGCGAAAAGGCUUGAUAAAGCCAAUGUCCGUUAAAAGCUUUCGUGUAACUAUAUACACGAAAGGAUACCCUUGCAUAAUUGAUAUUGAUAUACCUUGCGAGUUUAUUAAUGCCAGCCAAAGGCGGGUCUAUCAACGAAGUGUGUAUAUUCAUGAAGGCUUAUCCCAGGAACUGGAAGGGCAGUUUACUAUCACAGAAAAAGGCAUCAGCGUUCCAGAAUUACCGGUAAAAAUAGAAUUAGAAAAACCUCAGCCGUUUUACAAAAUCAUAACGAUUCAAUGUUCGGUAUAUAGUGUGGAAGAUAAAUUUCUGAAAGUUAGCCUAAUGAAAGAGCUAACAAGUGCACCGCCGAAAGGAAUAUGCCUUGAGGAAGAAAAUGAGAAAAUGAUGACAUUCGAAAAAGAAGAUAUUAGUCGGUCUUCGUUCAUUAUAGAAGGUCUACUGUGGUUACAUUUUAGGGAAAUAGUCAAUAGUAAAUUGUUCAAAGACCUAAUGCAAGAUAUUUUACGGGAAGAAUCGAACUUAUUUUACUCGCAAUUCAGAAUGAGUUUGCGCGAAAGAAAAAGAUUGAUACAGAGAUCGUACAUUUCACCACCGCGAGCGUUAAUUAAUCGUAUAUUUGAAGAGAUGUUAUUCGUCAUAAUGCACGAAGAAUUCGCUUUGAAGACAGCCCAUUUAGUUCACCAUACAGAUGUCAGACACACAGACUACUUGAACAUGGUACCCAGCGUGAGCAGGAAAAAGACAAUCAGACGAGAAACGUGGUUGUUACAUCAAGACAGACAUCCCUCCUUGGUGCCAGAAUUAGUACCUUCAUCCAGAAUAUCCUUCGCCGUGUAA